CAUAAUCCCACAAAACCAAACUUUGUAUAUGAAGCUUCCUUUUUCCUUUUUCAAAUCCCAGCAAGAAAACUAACCUGCUUUGCUUAGAGGUAGAUUCCUAGGAGCUAAAGAAAAGGAAAAAAAAAAAAAAAGAAAUGUCAUCUGCUGUUGCAGGAAGUUUCUCGGCAUCCAAACAAAUUGGUUUCCAGGGAAAAAAUGAAAGCGAAGAAGAGUUGGGAGAUGAGAAGAACAAGAAAUUUGGUGGUGAUGAUGAUGAAGCUAACAACAAUGGCGAUGAUGAACACAAUGAUGAUGAUGAUGAUGAUGACAGGAUGAAAUCUGAGAAGGAAUUGGAUAUUGGUCCUCAAUUUUCACUCAAAGAACAGCUUGAAAAGGACAAGGAUGAUGAGAGUUUGAGGAGAUGGAAAGAACAACUUCUCGGUAGUGUCGAUAUGUUCGCGGUCGGAGAGAGCAAGGACCCCGAAGUCAUGAUCUUAAGCCUAUCGAUCCUAUGUCCGGGACGACCGGACAUAUGUUUGUCGAUUCCAUUUGGUUCGAAGCCUAGAAGCUCUCUGUUUAUGCUAAAAGAAGGAAGCAAAUAUCGCCUAAAAUUCUCCUUCACUGUCUCCAACAACAUUGUUUCCGGUCUCAAAUACACCAACAAUGUUUGGAAAACCGGUGUUCGAGUGGACAAGACAAAGCUAAUGUUGGGGACAUUUAGCCCACAGAAGGAACCUUAUACAUAUGAAUUGGAAGAAGAAACUACUCCUUCUGGCUUGUUUGCUAGAGGCUCCUACUCUGCAAGAACCAAGUUUGUAGAUGACGAUGGCAAAGAGUAUUUGGAUGUGAGUUAUCACUUUGAAAUCCAGAAGAACUGGCCUUCACGUUCUUGAAAAUACCUUUUCUAUAUGAA